AAAGCCGGGCUGUCCUGAGUGGGAGUGGCACGGAGCUGCAGGGUAUCCUAAAAAGCUGGGUUGCGGCAAGCCGGGUCUGUAAGCUAAUAUUUAAAAAAUGACCACACCAAACAAGACACCUCCUGGUGCUGACCCUAAGCAAUUGGAAAGGACUGGAACAGUACGGGAAAUUGGGUCACAAGCUGUUUGGUCACUCUCAUCUUGUAAACCAGGAUUUGGAGUGGAUCAAUUACGAGAUGACAAUCUUGAGACUUACUGGCAAUCAGAUGGCUCCCAGCCUCAUUUAGUAAACAUCCAAUUCAGAAGAAAAACAACAGUGAAGACAUUAUGUAUUUAUGCAGACUACAAAUCUGAUGAAAGCUAUACUCCAAGCAAGAUUUCAGUCAGAGUAGGAAAUAAUUUUCACAAUCUUCAAGAAAUUCGGCAACUUGAAUUGGUGGAACCAAGUGGCUGGAUUCACGUACCCUUAACUGAUAAUCAUAAGAAGCCAACUCGCACAUUCAUGAUACAGAUUGCUGUUCUAGCCAAUCAUCAAAAUGGAAGAGACACCCACAUGAGACAAAUUAAAAUAUACACACCAGUAGAAGAGAGCUCCAUUGGUAAAUUUCCUAGAUGUACAACUAUUGAUUUCAUGAUGUAUCGUUCAAUAAGGUGA